GUUCAGCACUAUGGAGGAUAUUUUGCUUUUAUAGUAAUCACCCUCUUUACUGAACUCUUAGUUGUCGUGAAAGUAAGUCUCAAAAUCGAAUGCUGUGUUAAAACCUUCUUCAUCCCUUGCUGUGCUCGGAUUUGGGAAUGCUUCGUUUGUUGUGGAAAUUGUUGGUACGUUAUGGCUGGAAUCAGUGUUGUUUUCAAUUUACUUGGGAUUAUAAUCGUGUGCAUGGGAGUUCCAUUCAGUGAUAUGAUAUACUACAUUAUCGGCUUCAGACUUGGAUUUGGAAAUCUACUAUUUGGGUUUAUCAAGCUUACAGUUUGGACGUCUUAUUCAAUAUAUAGGCGAAGUUGUUGUCCAGACUCAGGAUAUUACCUUGGUUCAAGUCGAAGAUUAUCAGAUACAUAUAUCAAAACUACAAGAGUAACAACAGAAGUGACAAGAAGGAGAAGAGCAGAUGGUACAAUUAUCGAGAAUAGUCAGGAAGUAGGGAGAGAAAACCUUGGUUCUAGAAAAGCACAGAUUAUCUGUGUUUAAAAAUUACUUUGUUGAAAUGAGAUCCAAACUUCUAGUAUAUAUAUAGCCUUAUUUAUAAACAUUAAUGAACUUGAGAGCACCCGAGUGCUGGAGGUAGCAAAUACAAUGUUGGCGAAAUAUUACCGGAGCCGUUCAGUGAAUAUGCGAACCAAAACUCUGAAUGAGACUCGACACAAAAUAUUAUAUUAAGACAAGGGAGUUAUAUAGCAUCUUCUCGCAUAUACAUUUGUAUUUUAACAAAUCCUGCCUUUUGUAACACUUCAACUUCUAUUUCUCUCUCUCGCAAUCAUUCAAAACAUACGAGAGCAUGAGACCAAAUGUUUCAAUAAACAAUCAGAUAUAUUCCAUAAAUCUAAAAUGAUUUUAAAAACAAGAAAACAAUUUCAGCUUAUUUAUAAUACUACUUUAUUUCAAUAUUGUAUAAUAUCUAUGUCACCUAUGCAUUCUAAAUAGCAUAUUGUGAAAUACAAGCAAAAUUAGUCUACAAAAAUUCGCCGAUUUCACAUAUUGAAACUACCGGUAUCGUUACGAAUAGGAUGACACGUUGCACAAAAAGGAGAUAAAGUAAUGAGAAGAGUGCAUGUAAUUGCUCUGUUUACACACGUGCAUUAUUUUUCAUAGAAAUUUGAUUACAUGAAAACAAGAUUUGAUAUAAAUUAGUCUAAACUUCAGAAAAACUGAAAUAAUAUGUUUUACAAAAUCGAAAAUAUACUAAACAUCUGUU